AUGCCACCUCAAAAUACGAUCGAAUUGACGACCAAGCCGGACGGAGAGAAUGGAGCCACCGGCAAGCUUCUGGCCCCCAACGGCAACGGAAAGGUGAAAGAGGAAGACCCGCCGACGACGACGCUGAUCGUGCCCCCGGAUGGUGGUUGGGGCUGGCUGGUGAUGGUGGCCUCGUUCUUCUGCAACGUAGUAGUCGACGGUAUCGUGAUGAACGUGGGCAGCUUCCUGCGUCCAAUCCGGGACGAGUUCGGUGUCAGCGAGGCCGAAGUGGCGUUGGUCAGUUCGCUUCUAAGCGGUUUCUACCUGCUGACCGGUCCGUUUGUUAGUGCGCUGGCCAAUAGGUGGGGUUUCCGGAUCGUGACCAUCCUGGGUUCGGUGGUGGCUGCGUUCGGUUUCUUCGUAUCGCAGUACGCCACUAACAUCGUGUUCCUGUACGUGACGUUCGGAUUUAUCGGAGGUGUGGGCUUUUGCUUCAUCUACGUGCCCUCGGUCAUCACCGUCGGGUACUACUUCGAGAAGUGGCGUGCGGUGGCUACCGGAAUUGCUUUGUGCGGCUCGGGUGUCGGCACCUUCAUCUUCUCGCCCGUCAACGCGAUGCUGAUCGAGUCGUUCGGUUGGCGCGGUGCGCUGGUCGCUCAGGCCGGAAUCAUACUCUCCUGCAUCGCGUACGGUGCCAUCUUCCGGCCAAUCCAGCCAACGGAGGUGACGGUCACGAAGGACCCGGAUACACCGGCCGACAAGGGUAUCCGGCUGGGCGAAGGCUUACCGACGGUAUACACGCGCCCACUGCCGGAAGGUCGGUAUGCGUACUCCAUGCCGAACAGCUCGCAUAACACCUGGAUGGGAGCGAAUCCGAACUACCAAUACCCAACGGCGGCCGAAAUCUUCCGCCAGGGCAGUGGCCACAAUCUGGAUCGGCGACCGUCGCACACCUCCGGCCAGCUGGUCAGCCACAACCUCCAGAGCACUACCAAGAAGCUGGAGAAAAUUCAGAAACGUCUAGCCGGCCAGAUGACACCAGACGAUACGAUCCACGCGCACGGAUUCCCAACGGCGCACCACGAGCUGAAUCCGGUCGGCGAGGCGGACGAGGAGGAAACCGAGAACGGUACGCUGCUAGUGCCACCCGAGCAGCAGACCAUCACCGUGACGACGGCCUCGACACGCCGGCAUACCGUGUCCGGUCGGCGACCGAACGAACCGGCCAGCUCCCGGCACGGUUCCCGGCGAACGCUGAAUGAUGGCGCACGUCCUAUGUAUCGUGACGAUAUCUUCUUCACCGGUUCGCUAGCCCGUAUCCCGCAAUAUCAGUCGCAGACCUCGCUCGGAUACCACAUGUCCGUGACCCGAAUGCCGACGCAGGCCGACGUCGAGGAGACUGAGACGGAGCAGUGCAUGGUAUGUCCGGAAGCCGUUCGCCGGACGCUCGCUACCAUGUUGGACAUGUCCCUGCUGAAGUCGGUGUCCUUCAUGAUGCUAGCGUUCAGCGGGUUCCUCACGAUGAUGGGCUUCUUUGUGCCGUUCAUCUACGUUAAGCAGCGUGCUACCGCCGGCGGCAUGGCCGAGGACGUGUCCACCUUUAUCGUGUCCGCCAUCGGUAUCUCCAACACCAUUGCUAGGGUUGUGUGUGGACUGCUGACUUCCUUCAAGGACGUGAACGCCCUGCACCUGAACAACGUUGCCAUUACGCUCGGAGGCAUUGCCACGAUGAUAAGUGGCAUCUACAUUACCGAGGCUUUCCAAUUUACAUACGCCGGUAUCUUUGGUAUCGCGAUCGCCUGUUUCUCUGCGCUGCGUUCCAUUCUCGUGGUCGACCUGAUGGGAUUGGAAAAGCUGACCAAUGCCUUCGGUAUACUGUGCCUGUUCCAGGGUAUAGCGGCGUUCCUUGGUGCACCCAUUGCCGGAUACUUUACCCAGCUAACCGGAAGCUACAACGCCUCGUUCUACAUCUCCGGCGCCCUGAUAACGCUUUCGGCCGUCCUCUGCUACCCGCUCGGCAUGGUCAAUCGAUGGGAGAAGCAGCGUGCCGCCAAGAAAGACUCGCAGAAAAUCUAG